AUGAAUUUUGUAUUGGCUUGUAAAGAUAGACAGGAUGCGUUUACAUUGGAUGUGUUAGAGGUUCCUCAGGGGUCUGGAUCAGGCUUUAUUUUGGAUACAGAAGGUCACAUAGUCACCAAUUAUCAUGUAAUUCAUGGUGCUUCUGAUCUCAGGGUCACUCUUGCUGACCAAUCUACUUACGAGGCCAAAGUUGUUGGGUAUGACCAAGACAAAGAUGUUGCUGUUUUGCGCAUUGAUGUACCUAAAGAUAAAUUGAGACCAAUACCUAUUGGUGUCUCUGCAGACUUGCUUGUUGGUCAAAAAGUCUUUGCUAUUGGGAACCCAGCUUCUAAGUAUUCUGCAAUCUUUGGGCUCAAAAGGGAAAUCAGCUCUGCUGCAACAGGACGUCCGAUUCAGGAUGUUAUACAGACUGACGCUGCUUUAAAUCCUGUUAACAGUGGAGGUCCACUCCUAGAUAGUUCUGGAAAUCUCAUUGGGAUAAAUUCUGCUAUAUACUCUCCUUCUGGUGCAUCUUCUGGUGUUGGUUUUUCAAUUCCUGUUGAUGCUGUUGGUGGCAUCGUAGCUCAGCUUGUGAAAUAUGGGAAAGUUACAAGACCUAUCUUGGGGAUAAAAUUUGCCCCAGAUCAAUCAGUGGAGCAACUAAGAGUUAGCGAAGUGCUUGUGCUAGCACCAGAAGGUCCUGCUGGCAAGGCGGGUCUUCUAUCUACAAAACGUGCUGCCUACGGACGACUUAUACUAGGGGAUAUUAUAACAUCAGUGAAUGGCAAGAAAGUUACUAAUGGUAGCGAUUUGUACAGAAUUCUUGACACCAGCAAAGUAGGGGAUAAGGGACUUAUUGUUUCAUCAUUUAGGUGA